UGUGUGCCAUGUCACGAUAAAAUAAGUUUCAAGAUUGUUCCGGAGAUGAAGUGUCCUCGCCACGAUCAUGUUCAUGUUGUUGCACAGGUGAGAAAGAUAAUGGCUCCUGGGGGGAACCAGAGCAUUGGUGUUACAGAGUUCAUCCUGGCAGGUUUCCCAAAUCUCAACAGCACAAAAGCAGAACUGUUUUCUGUCUUCCUUCUCGUCUAUCUGCUGACUCUAACAGGCAACUUGUUGAUUGUUGGAGUGGUAGGAGCUGACACUCGCCUGCAGACUCCUAUGUACUUCUUUCUGGGUAACUUGUCCUGCCUAGAGAUCUUGCUCACUUCUGUCAUCAUUCCCAAGAUGCUGAGCAAUUUCCUAUCAAGGCAACACACUAUUUCCUUUGCUGCAUGUAUUACCCAGUUCUAUUUCUACUUCUUUCUUGGGGCCUCGGAGUUCCUGCUGUUGGCUGCCAUGUCUGUGGAUCGCUACCUGGCCAUCUGUCACCCUCUGCACUACCCCUUGCUCAUGAAUGGCACUGUGUGCUUUUGGGUGGCCUUGGCCUGCUGGAUGGGGGGACUUUUCCCUGUGCUUGGCCCCACAGUGGCUGUGGCCUUACUUCCUUUCUGUGAACAGGACGCCAUGGUGCAGCACUUCUUCUGUGACAGUGGUCCACUGCUCCGCCUGGCAUGCACCGACACCGAGAAGCUGGAGGAAACAGACUUUGUACUGGCCUUUCUUGUCAUUGUAUCCUCACUGAUGAUUACUGCUGUGUCCUAUGGUCACAUAGUUCUGGCUGUCCUGCGCAUCCCCUCUGUUUCAGGCCGACAGAGGGCCUUCUCUACCUGUACCUCCCACUUGAUGGUGGUGACCCUCUUCUAUGGAAGUGCCAUUUUUCUUUAUGUGCGACCAUCACAGAGUGGCUCUGUGGAUACUAACUGGGCAGUGACAGUGGUAACAACAUUUGUGACACCACUGAUGAAUCCAUUCAUCUAUGCCUUACGUAAUGAGCGAGUCAAGGAAGCUUUGAAGGAUAUGUUUAGGAAAGUGGUAGCAGGCUUUUGGGGGGAACUUUUGCUUCCUAAGAGUUUCAGUAGGAAGGAGUGAAGUGAAAGUGAAGGGGGAUGUAAUAACCAGUCAUAAGUCCAAGUCUUCUCCGUUGUCAUUCUUUUUCCAGUGGUUAUCAUGGACAUCACCAAAUGACAAAAUUCUGUAAUCCCAAAAGAAUUCCAAAGUCAUCAAGUCUACCCUUCUUCUCCUUCAGGCAAAAUUUCUUGAUUCUA